CAGACACGCCCCAGCAACCAGCUUCUCUCUCUUUCACAUUUUCCGUCUUCAAAAAACCAUGCUCGUAGACAAUCCCUUAGCUUUCUUCUCACCGCUGCCCACGAUGACCACGACAAACGAAUCAGAUUUUUCAGAGUUCCUCAAUACAGAACUCUUUGGCCCUUCCUCAUCCUCCGCCCUCAACAGCACCAGCAUGACUAGUGCUACUCCAGGCUCACCCGAACACUCUACAUCUCCCUCGUCGGGAUCAUCAUCACCUACAAUUUCACUCUUGACAACGCCACCCCAACAACCUCUUCACAACUCCUUCCCUGAAAUCCAUGCAGACGAUCCGUACGCAUUGGGAUCUCCGAACUCGAUUUUAAACUUCCUGAAUGAAGAUUGGAAGAUGGAUUCGAGUAUGGGACUUGGAAUGGGAGGUGUAUCAGCUGGAUCAGCUGGAUCUUUUGGGGCUAACGGUAAUCUAAACUCGAUGAACCCAUUAUUUUUACCUCCAGCCGAAUUCGACCUCGUCUCUGCACUGACGAGUGGCGCAUCCAACCCCGUAACAGAUGUUAAUAUGGCAUCUGCAGCAGCGGCCACGACGUCGACGUCGAGUUCCCAGAUGGCUAUUGACCCUCAGUUGGUCGAUUCACCGACCGAGUCGGGUAAACACGACUCCGACGAUGAAGGCGAGGCGUCAUCGUCUGAAAUGCCAUCGAUGAAGAAAGCCUCUACUCCAGAACCCGCCAUUACGAUCGCACCAGUUAAAGUCGGUGGGCAUGGUAAAUCCCGUAAGGGUACUGUUCAAAGUGGGGGUAUCACGAAGAAACAAGCCGCCUCUACACAUCCUUCCCACUCUUCCACCACUGCGACACCCACAUCUACCGCCACCGCCACCAAGAACAAAGAAAACCUGUCCGCAAAGAAGAGUGCUGGGAGCAAUUUUGCCAGCGAGAAGGACAACGACAUUGAUGAGGAUGAUCUACCUGCAGAUUGGCGCCCACCGCCCGAAGUCUUUCAAAAGAUGUCGAGUAAGGAAAAGAGACAGUUGAGGAAUAAGAUUAGUGCCCGGAAUUUCAGAGUUAGGAGAAAGGAAUACAUAUCCACCCUCGAACUUGAUAUUGCAGAACGCGAUCGUGUAUUACAGGCUAUUCGUUCUGAACUGGGUUCAACGCAAUCUGAGAACUUCGCUUUACGUCAGGAGAUCGCUGCCCUCAAGAAGGCUCUCCUCGAAGGCCGUCCUACUCAAUCAUCCCCUCAAGCACAUGGGAUGGUGAAGGGUGCUGGCGAGGGUAUGGACGUCAACCUUAACGCCGUGAACGGUGUCACUCUCGAAGACUUCUUGCCGCCACCUGCACCGUUGCCCGAACGAAGUGCUGCAGACGAGAUUCUGGCACGAGCUGCUGCUGCUGCCGCUGCGUCAUCAUCUGCAUCAUCGCCCAACGCGACAUCGUCGUCGUCGCCGUCGUCGUUCCCCUUGGUUACGCCCAAUACCCAGAAGGACGUGUCUUUAUCCACUUCGCAAGCUGCUUUCUGGGGCGGUGUUGGUGGUGGCAAUUAUGGACAUGGAUUCGGACUUGGUGGUGGUGUUACUCCUGUUCAUACUGUUUUGAUGCCUGAGAUUUCUAGUGCUGGAUUGAGACAUCAACAGCAGGAAGAUCUCAAUGUGAGUAAGUGGGUGAGGGAUGUGCUCGCUGCUCAGGCUCAGGCUUCGAUGGAAGAAGAUGAGGAGCCGAGCCAUCAUUAUCAGAGGAGGUUGCAGGAGAAUAUGAAUCCUGCUAUGAAUGGAAGUGUUGAUGAAGAAGAGGAAGAGCAUAAUGGAAGUUCGCUUGAAUUUGAGAGGUUUGUUGAGGAGAAUAACUUUACGAUGAAGAGUAUUGACGCAUAUCGUAUGCACUUGUGGACGAAGAUGGCUGCCUCACAUCAGCCUUCGAAUACUCGCGCUACAAAACAAACACCACCACCUCCUCCUCCCUUGCCACCGACCCAGAGUCCUACGAUCCCGCAGAAGAAGUACCACCCCGACAGAAUAUCAUCACCCUCACCUUUCGCACCGUUCCCCUCACAAUCACCAUCGCCGCCUCUCCCAUCACAUUACCUCACCUCACCUCACCUUGUUAACCCCAAAGCGCAACUCACGAACAGAAGUUUGGCAAGUCAGCUCAAACCGCAUUAUUUCAUGUCAAGUCAAAAACCGAACUUGCCUUCCUCCUCCUCUUCCGCUUCUACUUCUACACCCCCGAACUACUCGUCGUUGUCGUUCUCUAAGAUGUUGGGUACUGGGUUUUUGGGUAAUGGUGUUGGUGUUGGUUCUGGAUUGGCUAAUAAGAGGCAAACCCAUUCGGCUUCGUCCGCUACGACAGCGGAGCAACAACAGCAGAUGAUGUAUGCUGCUACUGCGACGCUUGCGAGUCAGACUUUGCUGGGCAAACUUGGUGGUGCGUUUUGGGAUGCGUUUUCUGGGAGCACGAGCACGACGAAGUCUUCUACGCCUGGGAGUGGUGGUGGUGGUGUUGGUGGUAGAUCGUGGGAUGCGGAUAAGGUUAGGAAGGUGUUGGAGGGUAAAGCUGUUGUUAGGGUUGUGGAUGUGGAUGAUGGAAAGAGUUAUCAGAUGUCGAGGGAGAGUGUGGUGAAGAAGGAAGUUGGAUUGGCUUCGCCUGUACUUGGACCUUCGCCUUCGUUGGUUAGGAGGGAUGCAGCUCCUGCUAGUGAUCCUACAGAGUGGUUGGAGGAGAAGAUGAAGCAGUUGAGUUUGGCGAAGAAGAAUUGAAUUGGGUGGACGAAUUCUUUUUUUUCUUUUUCUUUUUUAGCUCGUGCUCGCUAUGUGGUCGUUUGGUUAUGGGGUGGUGUCACCCUUAUCACUAUCCUUUUCUUUUUUUUUUUUUUACCUUGUUCUUUUCUCCUACCUCUCUGUGUUCGUUUGUUUUUUUGGUUAUCGUCUCUGCCAAAAAAUCCAACUCCACUCUAUCUCUCCAACGUCUACAUCAUCCCAUCCCACUCUUCCUUCCUCGCGUCCUCGGCUGCCUCUAGAUAAAAGAAUAUCGGUCGUACCUACUUUAUCCCUUCUCCGUUCGAUAAUCCUCUUUUGUCUCGCCGCUCCCCACUGUUUUCUUUUUCUUCUUCUUUUACCUUCCUUUUUCUUCGUAUCGCUCGAAACGUAGUCUAUUUAUACCGAGUAGUAAGUAGUAUGUAGUAGUUACCGUCAAAGGUCGAGGGUUUGAACAGAAUACUCGACGUGAAUCAACGCCAAUGUAUAUAGUACUUAGGAUAUUGAUAUUUUGUUGUUUCUUUUUUGCAAUGCCAAAAGUUUUGGGC